CUUGGCAAGUUUCAGAAUUUUAUCAGAAUGAUGGCUUGCAAAAGAAACCUCUGGUGUAUGAUCUUCUUCUUCUUGUUCAGCCUCUCCUACUCUUUAACUAACGACACACUUAGCCAAGGCCAUACGCUUAAUGCUACAUAUCGCCUUGUUUCUGCAAACGGGCUCUUCACUUUAGGUUUCUCGGGUAACUACUUGGUUUUGAACUACACAGGUACGGGUGCCGAUCAGAGUUUCUUAAUUGAUCAUCCUCUCUGGUUAGCCAACAGAGAAGACCCUGUUCUUGAGAAUUCAGGAGUUCUUACGCUUGAUGCUGGAACUGGAGCGUUGAAAGUUGUCCAGAAUGACGCGAAACAGAUUAAAACAUUAUACCCGGGAUUUGGGUCGUCCAAGGCAAACAACAUAACAGCCAUCCUGCAAAAUAAUGGGAAUUUUGUGUUAAAAGAAGUCAACUCCGGAGAGAUACUGUGGCAAAGCUUCGAUGAUCCGACUGACACCCUUUUGCCAGGGAUGAAAUUGGGUGUGAACAAAAGGACAGGAAGGAAAUGGUUACUUACGUCAUGGCUAGCUCAAUACAAUCCAAAACCCGGAGGUUUCACCCUAGAAUGGGACCCUAUUCAGCGCCAGAUUAUUAUGAAGAGAGCGGGAGUUGAAUUUUGGACAAGUGGAGUAUUGACACCUGAUAACAGAUUUGAUAACUUAAAUCUUUUAGAUUCUUUCAAUCAAAACUACAAUUUCACUCAUAUAUCAGACGAGGACGAGGAUUACAUUUUCUAUACACUGCAUGUCGAGGAAUGGAAUGUUUCCAGGUGGUUGCUUGAUGACUUGGGGAACAUACAAGAAGAUGUAGGCCGAAGGAAUUAUUCAAAUUGGUUGCGCGAUAACUUGUGGAACUUUCGAAAGGAUAUUUCAAGGAUUCCUUUCACUUUCUCUUCUGAAGCCUGCGAUGGAAAUAGCGCAGAGAUGGGGUGCAAGAAAUGGGAUUUUGGGCCGGAGUGCCGGAGAGAUGGGGAUAAGUUUGUUGUAUUAGCUGGUAGCUUCAGGUACACGCUAAAGGACUAUGGGAAUCUCAGCUUCAUUGAUUGCCAGAACUUAUGUUGGAAUAGUUGUGACUGUACUGGUUUCAGUUUCGACUCAAAUUCGAUUAUUGGGUCCACUUAUUGCCAACUGAAUAGUGGACCUUUUUAUUACCAAAAUUUAAGAGCAGGACAACAAGACCACUACAUUAUCAUCCCUGGGCCGCCACGUAAAGUCGAUAGGACAUGGAUAUGGAUCUUAACGAGUAUAGUGCUCUCUUUAAUAGCAGUGUUCAUGUUCACUUGGUUGUACUUGAGAUGUAGGAGACUGAAAUUAGAAGAGAAGUUUCUGAAAGAGCUGAUGACUGACGAUAUAGCAAAAAAUAUAGAUGAGCUUCAAAACAAUGGAAACAACAAUCUACAAAUCUAUGAUGCUGCAACAAUCAGUGCUGCUACUAAUGGCUUCUCAUCGGGCAACAGACUCGGAGAAGGUGGUUUCGGACCUGUUUACAAGGGGAGAUUAAGCGAAGGACAAGAAAUAGCAGUGAAGAGGCUGUCAAGUGAGUCGAGACAAGGACUAGUGGAAUUCAAAAAUGAGCUCAUACUCAUUGCUAAAUUACAGCAUAUGAAUCUUGUAAGGCUUCUAGGUUUCUGCAUACAAGGAGAAGACAAAAUGUUGGUGUAUGAGUUUAUGCCUAAUAAAAGCUUGGAUUUCUUCAUCUUCGCUGCUGACGAAUCAAUGAGAAAGAUGUUGGAUUGGAGCAAGAGAUUGAACAUAAUUGAUGGAAUAGCUCAAGGUCUGGUUUACCUCCACAAGUAUUCAAGGUUGAGAAUUAUCCAUAGAGAUCUCAAAGCAAGUAACAUCUUACUUAACAAAGAUAUGGUCCCCAAAAUAUCUGAUUUUGGUCUCGCGAGAUAUUUCAGGCAAAAUGAAUUCGAAGCCAGUACAAGCAUUCUUGUCGGAACCCGUGGCUACAUGCCUCCAGAAUAUCUCAUGGAAGGCAUUUUCUCUGUCAAAUCCGAUGUUUACAGUUUUGGAGUGUUAUUAUUAGAGAUUAUAAGUGGUAAGAAGAAUCAUAAUGUGUAUCAUCGUGGCCGUCCGCUCAACCUUGUGGGUUAUGCAUGGGAACUAUGGAAAGACAACUCAAUACUGGAAAUAGUUGAACCAAGUUUAAGAAUUUCAGCUUCUGAAGAUCGAAUUCGGAGAUGUGUCAAUAUAGGGCUGUUGUGUGUGGAGCAGAGUCCGCUAGACAGGCCGAUCAUGUCGGAUGUUUUGUUCAUGUUAACUAGUGAGGCUCAACAAUUGCCGAUGCCGAAACAACCAGCAUUUUAUAUGGGGGAGCACAUUGCUGCAGUCAAACAAAGUGAAAGAGAUAUGGAAUUUCAGUCAAUAAAUGAUAUGUCCAUUUCUGAGAUGGAUGGAAGAUGAAUGACCUGAUAGUUGAAUAUGUUGGAUUAGGCCUGUUUGGCUUGAAUGAUUAGCUAAAGUUAAAAAUGUUAGUAUCAUAUUUGAUAGUCCUGUCCUGUGUUGUUAUUUGCAAUAAUUUAGGUAUGUACUGUGUGGAGGAGAAACUAGGAUUAGAGUUACGCUUUGCUAUCGUAAGAAAGUAGAAAUAGAAAGGGACAGUAAAAUAAAGGGAAAGAAAUAUAAAGAAAAGUUUUUAA